UCCAGUUAGAGAUGUCCGCGUAAGCUUUGAAGCAAAGGGUGCACAGAAAGAUGGGGAUACAUUCACUCUCAACUUCUGCUUCCUUAAACUUCUGCAACUUGUCUCUCAAUCCCAGAAACCCAACUCUUCACCAAUUUGGGUUCCUCUCGACUGCUUUUGCUUCUCCUCUGCGCACCUCUCCAAGAGCAUGCGAUAUAAGCUGUCAAAGGCCAGUAGGCAGAAGAGUUAGCUGUAGCUUACUAAAAGUGGAAGAGGACAUAAAUGACGAGGCAUGUGAAUUAGUCAGUGGAAUUGAACUUUCAGUUGGCGAGGGUGAAGACAGCAUCAAUGCUCAUCUCUUCAAGGCAGUGAAAAAUAAUAAUGGAACUGGGAUAUUGCUCUUGUCUGAUAUCUAUGGGUUUGAAGAUUCAUCCACAAGAGAGUUUGCAUAUCGUGUGGCUUGCAAUGGCUAUAAUGUGUUACUUCCAGACCUAUUUCGUGGAGAUCCAUGGACAAAGCACAAACCAAAGAUUUUGUUUGAUGAAUGGAUUUUGAAACAAGAACCUCAGAGGGUUGCAAAAGACAUUGCCACAUCGGCAAAAUGGAUGGUGGACGAGUUUUUGGCUGUAGGAAUUUCUAAGAAGCUUUGUUUGGUUGGUUUUUGCUUUGGAGGUGGCAAAGUGAUUGAUGUGCUAGCCAGAGACCAGGGUGCUUAUUUUGGUAUUGGGGUUUCCUUUUAUGGAACAAGGAGUGACCCGAGUGUAGCUUCUGAUGUUAAGGUUCCCGUAUUGUUUAUCUCAGGAGACAAUGACCCCCUUUGUCCUGUCAAUGUCUUGGAAAACAUUGAGAAAAGCAUUGGUAGGGGGUCUAGGCUGGUGACUUUCAAGGGAAGAGGUCAUGGCUUUGCCCACCGACCUCAGUCUGCUGAAGAAGAUGAAGAUGCAGAGAAGGCUUUCAUGAUUAUGAGAAAUUGGCUCAAUGAUGGCUUAGUUGCACCAACUGAAUAAUAGACUUCCUUUUCGACUCAUGUAUAUUGAUCAAAGACAAGAAACUUCAUAAGGGUUGCCGCUCCUGAUGGCAGUGGUUGAAGGCCAUCAUUGUAAUAUAUGCUAUGUACAGCAGUUCCAUGUUUGGUGAAGGUACCAGGUUAGGAUCA